AUGCUCGUUCGGCUGCUCGCGUCGCUCCUGCUGGUCUCGCUCGGCCGCACAGCGCUAGCAGAUGGCUCAUCGAGCGUAGCACGCGCCGACUCGUACCGCGAAACGCUGCGGUUGACGCCCUUCCCUGACGGCAAGGUUCACUCCGAGUUCAGCUUUCGGCUCGAAGGGGCGUGGCGCGAUGAAGGGCUUGCGGUAUCGCAGAAUGCAGUUGUCCACGACCACACUCUCCUUCCCCGCCUGCUCACCUCUCUCGUCCGACAACACCGCGUCGCUUCCUUCCAUUUGACUCUAUCUUCGGGUCGAUGGCAGCCGACAUGGCCGCUGCACCUGCCAGCCGAAGUGCCCGCAUCCGGCAUCGAGUUGACGGCAUGGCUCGAGCGGCUCGAGGGGGAGACCAACGAGGACGAGCGGGAACGAUGGGAGGCGUUCACGAGCGCGGUCAGUGGGUUGUUCUGUGCGGGCGUAGUGGCGGACGGCGUCAAGACGAGCACGAGCAGCCCGACUUGGACUGUGUCAUUUGACGGCGAGGGAGACGAGCGAGAAUACAGCUUGUACCGCCUGACGAUGCCUCGACUCGCCGCCGCCUGCACAGAGUCCCUCACGCCCUUCCUCUCGCUCCUUCCCUGCUCCUACCACGCUGGCCUCUCAUCACUCCUCAACCCGCAUCGACUUUUCGACGGCGACUUCACGCUGAUUGGCGUAAAGUUCUUGCUGAAGGAGGCGGAAGAGAUGGCGGCGUUCGAGCUGGAAAUCGGGAGCGUGCUGGACCCGGUGAGGAAGGACCGGCUGACGGGCCAGCUAGGACGGAGAGAGUUCUCGAUCAGCAGCCUUUACGACAGGACCCUCGCAACAGCCUGUCCAGUCGCCAGCGACUCGAGAAUCGAACUCGUCGUCCCGACGCACUCGGUCAACCCCUUCUCCAUCGAGCCGGACCUGGCACGAGAGGUCACGAAGAUCGAUGGUCGUGAAGUCGCGGUUUGGGAUGUCAAACAAGCUCUCGAAACGGCAGCACUGGACGUGCGAGUAACAUGGCCAGGCGAAAGCGUCUUCCGCAACCCAUCACCUUCGAAGCUUCCGCAAGCACCCAUCGCCGUCCGGCGGCUGCUUUUCGGCGUCGGGCAAGAACGCGGUCGGAUAGGCGUCGAGCUGAUCAACAACGAGGAGGUCGAGCACGAGAUCGUAUGGUCGGAAGUGUGGCCGUGGUGGUUGAGGGCGUUUGUGAGCACGCUGGAGACGCAGACGGACGGGCAGUCGGCGCCAGGCAAGUCCGACCAACGCAUUCUCGACCUCGACUACAUCCCUGCAAUUGCCCGCGAGCGGCCGACAACGCUGCAAGCGCUCAUUCGCCUGCCGCCCAAGUCGGCGACCCGCCUCACCCUCGCCUAUGAGUCGGCCAGCCUGUGGUACACCGAGUACCCUUCCGACUCGAACCGCGGGUUCUCGGUACCAGGAGCGACCGUCGUCCUGCUUCCGCCCCUCGAGGGCGGCUCUAGCAGUCCCCGACGACAAGGCGUGCUGCGGUCGCGCCGUCCGGUCCUACGGCUGCAGACGCCCACGACGCUGCUGAGCCUGCCCACGCCGGACUUCAGCAUGCCGUACAACGUCAUCAUCCUGACGAGCACGGUGAUGGCGCUGUUCUUCGGGAGCGUGAUGAACGGGAUGAUUCGGCGGUGGUGGAUUGUCGACGUUGGCGGUUCGGGGUCGGCAGGGACCAAGGUGCAGUAG